AAUACUCGCAACACUUCGACUUAUGCACUAUUCUAUACAACUCAACCACAAUUCUUUUACUAAUAUAAAAAAUGUGUCAUUUUGUAAGAUGUUGGAUUAUAAAAGUUGCUGUCAGUAUUUUUAAUGACACCUGUGGUCCGUUGGGUUAGUAGUACUAAUUACUAAAUAAUGUUAAUGGUAAUGCUUCUAGAGUAAGUUUGUGAAGACAUGGCAAUGUUAGCAUCCAUCGUAAUGAAAUUUGAUGUCAAACAUUUGUUUUUCUUCAUAGAUUUUCAUUACCAUUCAAUAACACAUUCUCAAGUGGUAAUGGAUGGUAAUGAAAUUUUAAGAAGAAAAUAGGUGUUUUGUGAUAAAGUAGCAUUAUCAUGAAUGUUGACAUGAGAAUAUAUUCGCAAAUUUACACUAUAAAUCAUUAUCAUUACCACCAUUUACUACCACUAACCAAACAAGCCGCUAGUUCUCUGAGAAAAGGAAUGGGUGGAGAAGGCUGUAAUGUAUCUUUGACUGAAAACUAGAAAGUGGCAGACACGUAGUAAGUAGUAAGACUAAUUUUUGGCGAUGCCAUACCAGAUACGACGAUGAAUCUUAUAGCGAGGCAUUUGUGAUUUUAAGAUAAUUUUGAAUCAUUGUAUUACAAAAUGAAGUAAAAAUUGUUAGUUAUGCAGUUCACUUGAGAAUUGUACAUGCAGAUAGCUCUACUUUCGAAGGGGCGACUGCCCACAAGUAGUUGCAAGGUGGUGGAAAAACUUGUCAAAGAUUGCAAAUGGGAGUCUCACUUGGUAUUAUUUCCUCAGGAAACCCACUUCACCCGCAGACAGUUAUGUACUACUACUUCAUUGGUCGCGAUUUUAACAUUCCAGCAGGCCACAAUAUUAGAACCAGUUAAUGCUGUGGAUAAAGCCAAUAUUAAAGAGGAUGAUGAAGGCGUAUUUGGCACAAUUAACUCAUUGUUUGAUCCUAAUGAAAAAACUAAGUCAGGCAAAGUGUUGCCUAAAGCCUACUUGAAGUCAGCUAGGGAGGUUUUGAAGACUCUACGAGAGUCGUUGAAGGAAAAUCCAAAAGAUAUGGCUAAAUUUAGACGAACUGCCGAUGCUGCAAAGGAAUCGAUUCGAGAUUAUUUAAGUAACUGGAGGGGGCAACAAGCUGUGGCAAAAGAGGAAUCUUAUAUGGAGUUGGAGAAGGUUUUUAGAACCCUUGCCAGCUUUUAUGCAAAGGCAGGUCCGUCAGCUUCUCUCAGCGAUGAAGUGAAGUCCAAAAUCUUGCAUGAUUUAGAUAUUGUUGAAGAAUUUCUGUAGCUGCACAUACUUGCCUGUACAAGUUGCAUUCCAGGUUAUUCGUGUCUUAACACAUUCUUCACUGAAAGAGUUGUAAUACUUCCUCCGUUUCAAAAUAGAUGGGACAUUGUCUAUUUUGGGGUGUUUCAAAAUAGAUGGGACAUUGUUAUUUUUUUCCUUAUUUA